UUGGCUGAGCUAAAGACGAGCCGCCGUUCCCAGGACAACGAACGACACCGAACAAAACGCUGAAGUUUUGACAGAACAAACAUUACUUCGCAAACUCAAAAGUUCAGUUGGGUUUUGAUAGUAAAAACGAUAGAGGGUUGGUUUACGAAGACUAUUCGCUGAAAAGCUUUAGAAAGAUGAGUCGACACUGGAUGCACAGCCAGCAGCAGAGGUUCAUUUCUCAGCGGCAGACGCAGGAGAUGCGGAGAGAGCAGGAAACUCGGCGUCUGGACAGAGAGAAGCAGCUGCAGGCCGGCAUGAGAGAGGAGGACAGCAGCGACAGGAGAAGGUACCUGCGACAGGUGCAGCAGGAGCUACAGCAGAGACAACUGGAGACUGCUAUCCAAAAGACAGAAGAACAAAGGAGAGACAGAGAGAAGCAGCUUGAACAAGAAGAAAGAAUGGCCCAAGAAUUGGCUCGUAUCAACCAUGAGAGGCAGAGGGAAGAACGAAUGAGACAGCGCAUUCGAGAGAACAGCUUGGAGCUUCGGGAGCUGGAGACAAAGCUGAGGUUGGCAUAUCUGAAUAAGGAAAGAGCUGCACAAAUUGCUGAGAAGGAAGCGAAGAGGUUUGAAACUUUGCGUGAAGAUGCAGAAUUAACUCACAAAAUAAAGAGUGAAGAUGAGCAAGCAUCAAUUGAGCAGCAGAAGCUGGAGCAGAAACGUUAUGAGCAGCAGCUGCAGUACCAGAAAGAGCUGGAACAGCAGCUGGUCGAGCAGGAGCGCAAGAGGCAACAAGCAUAUGAGGAGUUCCUCAAAGAGAAGCUCAUGGUGGACGAGAUCGUCAGAAAGAUUUAUGAGGAAGAUCAACUAGGAAGACAGCUGAAGUUACAGAAGGUCAAAGCCACUCAGCAGGACAUCGAAGAGUUCAAACAACAGCAGGCUGAGUGGAGACGCAUGGAGCAGGAAAAGGUGGAGGCUGAAAACAGACGCAUCAAGGAGUUUGCAAGCCAGCAAAAGCAAAUGGAGGAAACCAGAAUGGCCAAAAUCAAAGAGCGUGAACAAGCCAAAGAUCACCUUUACAAAAUGCUGUGUGAGAACAUUAAAGAAGAGCGGCAGCAGCGUGAAGAGAUGGAGCGCAUUCGAGAGGAGCUGUAUCUGGAGGAGCAAGAGGAGGCAAACCGUCAGAGGGAAAUUCAAGAGAUGGAGGAAAAGAUCAGAAAGAGGCUGAUGAUGCAGCAAUCCUGCCAGGAACAAAUGGCUUUCAUUGAGAUGCGGAGGCAGGCGGAGAAGGAAGAAGAGGAGGUUUUUAGGAAAAUGAUGAUGGCAAAGUUAGCAGAGGACGACCGCAUUGAGCAGAUGAAUGCACAAAAACGCCGCAGGAAGCAACUUGAACAUAGAGAAGAGGUGGAGAAACUGUUAGAGGACAGGAGACGGCAGCGCGAGGCUGACAUGGAAAUGAAAGCUCAGGAGAGAGCCCGCGAACAAGAGACGGAAGCUCUGCAUAGAAAGAUAAUAGAAGAAGAGAGGCAGAAACUCCUGAAGCGUCAUGCAGCAAAACUCCUGGGAUACUAUCCUCAGGGCUUGCUGCGUGAAGAUGACCUUGGGCUCUUUGAUGAAGAUUUCCAAAAGAACUUCAAAGCCCAUCCGCCUGACGCCUUCUCUGAAGAUGGUUGGGAAGAAGAUUGAAUGUCUAUGUCAUUUGACGUUUGUUUGUUGUUUGCCACUAGAGGGCAGUGUAGCUUUUCAGAGAAAAUGCUGUGGGUUUUAGUGACCAAAAAUUCUGUUCUAUUGAGUUUUUUAAUUAUAUGGCAGAUUUACCUUUGAUGCAAUGAAAACACAGUAUGAAGAUGCAUGUUUUUAUUAAGUCUGAGAUUCAUAACAUUCAAUAAAAUUGGUUGAAAGCAAA